GUGACACGUACUGCAAGCACACUGAGCUCGUGUGAUCAUUAACGAGACUGGCAUUGUGUCGCCAGACUCCAUACACUCACGCACCUCUCCCUCUAGCCGUAUGUGGGAUGCAUAGAGAUGACAGUCUGCGUGCAAAUGCGGCGGGGAGGAUGCAUGCACUCACACAGACAUCACAUGCCGUCCCCCUGUCAAAGCCGCUCUUGCUCGUGUCAGAAUCGUUCGCAGAUCAAUCACCAGGAAGCCGCCCCGCAGGUGUAGACAAAUACAGGAAUAGAGAAGCCAUGCGAUCAGACAACAGGUAUGCACAACUUGGAGAGAUAGAGCAUAUUAUGCAGUUGCAACACAGGGACUGGACUGGACAUCUAGGCGACUCGGCAAUCAUACAGUCAUACUACACCUCUCCCCCCUCCGGGCUCUGUGCACCCACGUUGACCAGCAGCCCCUUUCACUGGGCUGACAGGCUGCGUAAGGAGGACGGAGCCUAGAGGAAGGGGACGCGCAGACAUGACAUCACUAACCAAGCUGCUGGUCAUCCAUCAACACGGACACACAAAAAGGCCAUGCCCUCGUGUGCAUCUAUACCUAUCCAUGCAGACAGAAAGCUCGAUCCAGUCAGUUGAGCCCAUUUCCGGCAACCCCGCAGCUAGGUGAGGUGACGCACAGACAUUCCUCACCCCACACCAGCUGCCAGUCAGUCAUGGGCAGCACCAGAGGCCAUACUGCACGUAUGCUCACAAAAGAGAAUGGACGACACAAAAAGUUGUGCACAGCGGUCUGCGUCAGUUGGCCUCGAGGAGCUGUCGGAUGCAUGGGUCCUCACUGGUGGGUGCGGGGCAGGUCUUGAUGGCGUCGUUGGCCAUGGCGUCGGCCAUGUCGUUGCCGGGCACUCCCGUGUGACUGUACACGUGGACGAACCGCAGCAUCACCGGACCCAUGCUCUGACGCUCCCACGACACACACACACACACGCACACACACAAACCGAUGGGUGUGGUGUAAGCCUUGGGUCGACUGAUGGUACGGAUUGAUGAUUCGAACACACCUGCACGAGCUUGUCGAGUGCCUUGAUCAGGUCCUGGUUCUCGACAGCCAGCACAACACAACACAUGGGAGGGGGGCAUCGGUCUGGCUCGUCUCGUUGCGUCUGCAUGACCUGGUUGUUGGCGUUGCGCCAUCCGUUCUGCUUCCACUUGGGCGUCCACUCCCAGACACACUUGAUGGCAUACUCCGAGUCAGAAUACAAGACAAUCGGGCAAGACGCCAGAGGCCCUUGACUGCAAACACACACACACACGUGUCGAUGAAGUGUCCGCUCCAUCCUUCCCUUCCGUGGGCACCUACCGGUAUGCGUGCAGCGCCUUAAUGAUGGCGAACAGCUCCGCCCGCUGGUUGGUCUGGCGGCCGUACAGCCGACCUCUACAAACACAUAAUGAAUGCACACAGAGAGAGAGCCAAGUGAGCAGCCGCAUGGCAGGAACAGGCCUUGCUUCGUAUGCGCUCGAAGGCACCGUACCUGCCCUCGACCCCCUCGCCCGGCGCCACAAACGACCAGCCAGCCUGUGCGUUCGGUUGGCCGUUGUUGAUGCACGCACCGUCCGUGAAGACGUAAGCGAAGUGAGGGAGGGGCUUGACGUGAAGAGUCAUUGCAGGGCCCCGGCCGCCGAAGGUGAUGUUCCCGCCUGCCGCCAUGAUCCAUCCACCACCAAUGAUGGCCUGCAGCAAUGGCAUCCAUACGUCGAAAGAAGCUUCCUUCGUGCGUGCGGUGACUGAAUCGACUCCCUCCCUGCCCACCUGCACUCGCUCGUCGCCGAAGAAGUGUCGGUCCUCGACGACAAUGGCCGUGAGGGGGAUGCCAUUGCCAUUGGCUGCAUUCGACACACGAGCCGUCACAGUGGCUAUCGGACACAUGAGCCCGCCUCCGUGACACUGAAUAGGGAAGGAAAGACAGAAACCGGUCGCUGGCUGCGCGAGCGGUCAUCACAGCACCACGUACUGCACCACCCACCUGCACGUUGACACGGUCCAUGUCUUUGCGCAGCGGGUGGAGGUGCUUUGUGUUGAGCCAUGUGGGAAGCGCCUCCCUCGAGAAGACAGUGCAGCCGCCGCCGGUGCUGACGAGACAGCGGAUCUUGGAACCGCCCGAGAAGAUGACCUCGCCGAGCAUAUCAUCAGGAAAGUUCUCUCCGGCGACCAGCAAGCCGCCAACAGUGGAGCUCAUAGAGUACGGAGCCGGGCCGUAAUCGGUGGUCCCUGACAUGGCGCAGGAAAGCCCAGACAAAAAGAG